GAUGAAGUUAAUAUUUAUAUUUCUAUUAUUUAAUUAUUCCUCCGAAUCUUUGGAUUACGACAUGUACUGUAAAGAUCUUGCAUGCGAAAAAGAACAACAUACAGUUUGUUUGAGAAAAGGUGAUAAAUGUGAACCAGUGCAUGUUUGCGAAGAUCAGCCAAUGACUCGUGAACUCCGUCAAGCAGCAGUUGACCAACAUAACGAAUAUAGAAAUAAAUUUGCCAGCGGAAAAGAAGCCGACCAGGCCCAAGCGGCUUCAAAUCUGAUGGUUAUAAAUUACGACAUCGAAUUAGAAUACGUUAUGAGGUAUAUUAAGUGCAUAGUUAUUAAUUUUUUUGCUAUAGAUACGAAGUAAUAAUGUUGGGCAUAAUAUAGGGCAUUAUUUGUAGGUGCCAUAUACAUACAUGUACCAUAGACCACGACAAAUGUCGAAAAACUAAAAAAUUUGCAACUGUGGGACAAAACAUGUAUGCUGGGAAUGGGAGAAUAAGUGCAAAGCUAAUUAAAAAAGCAAUGGCAAGCUGGUACUCAGAGAUAAAAGAUAUGGAGCCUGAUAUAUACACUAAAUAUGAUGACCCUGCCUCGGGGAAAGCCAUUGGACAUUUCACUCAAUUAGUAUGGGCAAAAUCGGAGUUUAUUGGGUGCGCUGCUUCGACAGAUGGGAAAAAAUUGUAUUUUGGUUGUAACUAUGGGCCUGCGGGCAACGUAAAAGGAGCUGGUAUAUUAAAGUGGGGGACACCAUGUACUGAGUGCGAAAAUAGUCUGAAAUGCAACCAGAAGUACGAAUCCCUUUGCGGUGUCCUCCUCCCAAUACCAGAUUCAUCCCCCAUGCCUUUUAAAAAUAAGUUUUAUUUUUGUUUUAUUUUUGUCGUAAUUAAUUUAUUCAUUUAGGUAUGUUUUAUAAAAUAAGCAAUAAAUAAUAAUAGCUGUUAUGAAAAAUAAACAAUAAUAUAAUUAAAUUUGUUACUUAGGUACUUAAUAUUA